AUGGCUCUCCGCCCCCUCACAAGCUAUAUCACAAGCCACAACGCCUCCGGGCAGGCAAUCAUCCACUCGACUGUGCCCGCGCAAUGGGUCCGGUACGACGACGACUCCCUGGCCUUUGACGUGGUGUACACGACCUCCUCGUUCCCCGUCGAUCUCAACGGCGAGGCCGACAUCAAGGCACACGACGACCUCCUCUCCUCGGGCAAAUUGCGCCUGGUUCAGCCGGGCGGCACGGUGUGUCGGAUCGUGGACUUUGCGCCGGGCAAUAAAGCGUUGAUCCAUCGGACCAAGAGUUUGGAUUACGGCGUUGUGCUCGAGGGGGAGGUCGAGAUGAUUCUCGAUUCGGGCGAGACGGUCAUUCUCGGGCGCGGGGAUGUCGCCGUCCAGCGGGGGACGAUGCAUGGGUGGCGCAAUACGAGUGAGACGGAGUGGUUACGCAUGUUGUUUGUUCUGCAGGAUUGUAGGCCUGUCAUGGCUGGGGGGGAGGUGCUGGGGGAAGAUUUGGCUGGUUCGGAGAUUGAGCUGAGCAAAAAGAGCGAAAAGUAG